UUUGGGUUUCAACUUCAUCAUCUCCGAUCUGCAUCUUCUCGCCGGAAAUUCAUCAGGCACAACUAAUUGUUUUCAGGUGUUCGAUUUCGAGCUAUUCUAGGGCUUCGAAUCCUUUCCGUUUUGGUAGGCCAUCGUUCAUAUUUACCACCCAAAAGGAAGGAAAUGUUUUCCCCUUUCAGGGUUUUGUGAUCUUUCGUUCCGUGGUCAAUUAGAUCGAUGUUUCUGAUUGGAGCACUGCUACGAUUCGGAUUUGUAACUGCUUGGCUGUUUCAUCUUGUUGCAUGUAUGGGUGGCUGUCUUGGAUGUGAUGCGAAGCACAAACUGAUGAAAGGUCAGGAAAGUCAAAUCCGCUCGGCAUCAAGACCUUCUAUGGCGGAGGGCGUCUUGACAAGUAGUAGACUUGAUGUGGACAACAGUGCGGUUCAUUCUCUCGGAACCAUUUCUUCAAUCGACACACCCAAUCCAACUCUUGAUUCUCAUGGCAUUGGGGACCCGUCACAGGACUUCAUAAAUCAUGGUUUUCUUUUCUGGAACCAAAGUAGGCAGCAGUGGGUCGGAAAUAAAGGAAAGUCUAACCAAGGAGACCAGCUUCGUGAAUCCAGAUUGAGUUGGAACGAAACGUAUGUUAGUUUGCUGGGUAGCAACAAGCCGUUCGCCAUGCCUGUUCCUCUCUCCGAAAUGGUAGAUUUUCUGGUGGAUGUGUGGGAGCAAGAAGGAAUGUAUGAUUGAGAAAAGCCUAGCAGUCAAUACUCAAUAGCGGUUCCAGAAAUUUCUCCGAACGAGUGCACCUUAGGGUGGGUCCACAAAAUUACGGUUUGACCUGGGGAAAGUCGGCGUGAUUUGACCAGAGAAUAGUCAAUUGUGUCGGUUUGGGGAAUAAAAUACAUUUUGUCGAAUGGAAUUGAUCUUCAAAAUAAAUAUAUGUUGUCUUGACAAUGAGGCAAAAAGAGAUGGAUUUUAAGACGAAUUGGUUCAUAGUGUAAUGAUACUUAUAAUUGUACUGAGUGCAAUUCAUUCAACCUAAAAAUUAAAAGAUAAUAUUACAAAUUUGGUUUCAAGGUAUUUAAAGGCACCCAUCAAAAUCAAGUGAGUGUACCUUUCAGAUGUCAAAUAUUUUCUCUCUUGUAAUAAUCGGGUGAGCAGGUACAUGAGAUUCCGCUUCCCUAUUAAUAGGUCCGCCCUUGCCCCUAUUUACUUUUCCUAUGGCAAUAUGCCCCUGUUUUCAUCCCCUUGAUGUUUCUACGUGACAAAUGCUGUUUUCAA